GUGGAGGUGACGCGUUAGUUCCUUUAACCGCAGUGCGCAGGCGCGGUAUCCACAUAACACACCAUUACAGCAAAAAAUGGCGGCCGCCGUUGAGAAUGUUGUUAAAGUGUUGGGUGAACAGUACUACAAAGAUGCUAUGGAACAGUGCCACAAUUAUAAUGCCCGGCUGUGUGCAGAGAGAAGCAUCCUCAUGCCUUUUCUGGACUCCCAGACAGGAGUGGCUCAAAGUAACUGCUACAUCUGGAUGGAGAAAAGACACAGGAGUGCAGGCAUAGCUCCAGGCCAGCUGUACACAUAUCCUGCCCGCCGCUGGCGAAAGAAGAGGCGAGCACACCCCCCAGAAGAUCCUGCUUUAGUAUUUCCCCCGCUCAAAGCAGCGGAGCUAGAAUUAGGGCUAAAGAAAGAUGUAUUAGGGACGUUGGAUGGUAGCAGCCUGGAGGCCUUGCUGAAAGGAGAACCAAUGGAUAAGAGAGCGCCUACAGAAGUCCGGGGCCCUGAGGAAGACUCUAGUGUGGCAGAAAUCACAGGCACCACUGGGGCCAGUAGCCACAGUACCUCCACACGAGUCAGAAAGAGAAUACUGGAACCAGAAGAUUAUCUGGAUGACCUGGAUGAUGAAGAUUUUGAAGAGGAGACUCCAAAAAGACGAAAAGGAAAAUCUAAGGGUCGUGGAGUGGGAAAUGGGAAGAAAAAAAUGGAAGCUGCAGCAGCAGCGCUGGAAGACCGUGAUAAACCUUAUGCCUGUGACAUCUGUGGAAAGCGCUAUAAGAAUAGGCCAGGCCUGAGUUACCACUACACCCACUCUCACUUGGCUGAUGAAGAGGGUGAGGACAAAGAGGAGGCUGAGAUCCAUGCUCCUGCACCACAGGAGGAGACCAAGACUCCUAAGAAAGGACCCAAUGGUUUGGCACCACCGAAUGAUUACUGUGAUUUCUGCCUGGGUGACUCUAACAUGAACCAGAAAACAGGCCAGUCCGAGGAGCUUGUGUCCUGCUCUGACUGUGGACGUUCAGGUCAUCCUUCUUGCCUGCAGUUUACAGCAGUAAUGAUGGCAGCAGUGAAAACAUAUCGGUGGCAGUGCAUUGAAUGCAAGUGCUGUAAUGUUUGUGGCACAUCUGAGAAUGAUGACCAGCUCCUGUUUUGUGAUGACUGUGACCGAGGAUACCACAUGUACUGCCUCACUCCACCCAUGUCAGAUCCUCCAGAAGGAAGUUGGAGUUGUCGCUUGUGUCUGGAUCUUCUGAAGGACAAGGCUUCCAUCUACCAAAGCCAGAAUACUACAAUGGAGUAAUCACGACAGGACUGCUCAUGAAACCACACAAGAACACACAUUCCCUUCUUCCUCCUUACUCACAAUAAAAGUCCUUUUUACACUACGUGUUCUACAGAUCCCUCUCCUCACAACACCUUCAUCAGCCACUGACCAGAAGCAUGGCUUGGCUGAAGUGAUUGUACAGCAGCUGAAGGAGUUUGGCGAAAGGAUAGAGGGGAAAGGAGGCUUCCAUUUGGAAAUGAAAGCUCCGUGACCUUCACUUCACCACUGUCUCAGUGUACUUCUGUGACUGUUACACAUUUCUACUGAGCACACUAAGAAAAGGAAUGAAAUGGAUUAUUUUCAUAGAUUUCCCUCAUUGAUUGAUACUGGAGCUGAUUUAUUUGACUGAGCAUCUGUUUUAUCUGUUGCCAAAUUUUUUAUUUUGCUCGUUUACAGUGCAUGUCAUUAAUCAAACUACAUGGCCUUAUUCCAAGAUAUGAUGGAUUUUAUUAUCUAUAUGUAUCUGAAGUUUACCUCUGUUGUUGUAACUUUUCCUUGCAGGAAUUCACGGUGCCAAGGUCCAAAUUCACAAAGCAGCUUUGUUUUUGUUCCUUCUUUCCUUUAGGUAUUUCAAAGAGUAAAUGUCACAUAUUGUUUCUGCUCUAGAUGUGUAUGAUGGGCAGUAUGCAGUGAUUAUCUAAAAACAAAAUCAGUCAUAUGGUAAAGAGCAUAUGAUGUACUCUCAUGCACAGACACCCUGAUGGGGAAAUUUCUGAAGGCUUAUCUUUUUUAGUACAAUUUUGUACAUUAUAUACAUUAUAUAGCUGGUAUACUAACCAUAUUUAAUGUUUGUUUACUGUAACCUUUUUGUAUUUGGUUAUGUGCUUUUUUUUAUAUAUAUAUAAAACGGUGGAACUUUGUUAGUGUUUGGUAAUGAAUGUAAUGCUG